AUGGACGUGCUGGCCAACUUCGUCAGUCUUUCACCUCUGUCACUUUCUAACACUUUCAGCGCUGUUCUGUGCCGGAUGAUUCGAGCAUACCGGUCCAAGUAUGGCCACUACAGGCAACAGGUCUCAUGGUGGCUGUGGUGCUUGCAAACUCCGACGGGUUAUGACCGGCCUCUUAAGUGGUCAACCAAACACGAGCUUUUCCGAGACCAUUCUGAUGGCUGGAAAGAUGGUAGAGGUCGACGAAAGCGACGAGCAGCGCUUGAGCAUGACCAACUCGACUCGUACAACCCGAAGGACACACCUGAUACUGCAGAGACAAGUUUGGCAGCCCACGAACCCCAGGGACCUGGUGGCAAUGACACGGCCGAUUUCUACCAGACAUUCUUUGAGGAAGAUCUUGCCCUUGCCUGGGGAAAUCUGUCCGAUGCCCAAGAUCCUCUCUUGUGGGGGACUAUAGAGCCAACAGGUGUUAAUGGUCCGAUCCCCGCUACAGCAGGAGAACAUCACAGUCAACAACUCAUGCAGACAAGCAAUGAAUUGGCCACGCAGCACAAUACUAGUGGUAUUGUAGGCCCGCUUGGAAAGGUCAGCACGAGUGGCUUGACCACAGAUAUGCCAGCGGCCGUGGGUGGAUCUGCUACCAUCAAUGCUCCGAUCGAGAACGAUGAGCCGGAACUGCUAGGGUUUGACUUUCCCAGUCGGCUCAAUACGCCAUUCUUCGACAACUGUACGCCAGACAAACAGCACCCACAGGAUCUAGUGCCUCUGAACCCGGCACAAGAAAACGACGAUAGCCGAGUUACGACAUCCCAAAUCAAUCUGAGUGUCUCCUUGAUCCCGAGACCUGCUUUCAAGACGCUGAACGACGACUCUUCUGUCCUUGUCGAAUUCUAUUUCAAAGAAACAGCCCAAUUAUUCUCCUGCUUUGAUGGCAUACUGAAUCCAUACAGAACAACUGUGUCAAAGAUCUGGACAUCGUCGCCAUUGAUCUAUCACAGUCUUGCGAGUAUGGCUGCAACUAGUCUACUGGAGAACUUCCCGCAGUUUGCGCAAGCCGGUCAGCAACAUCGAAUGGAAGCGUUGGGGCUCCUUCAGAAAGAAGAACCUGUCACCGAGACCACUCUUCUCGCCCUUCUCAUGCUCGGUGGGACCGCCGCCUGGCACGACCCGAAGGAAAGCGGAGUUGCUUUCUUCAAUCUACUCUGCACGCGCCUCAAUGCCAGACUGCAAGAAAACAUAUCGCAAGCAGAAAGCAAAAACUUGCGGUUCUUCCAAGAAUCACUGACUUAUUGGGAGAUGUUGCUCGCCUAUGUGGUGGAUGAUUCUGGACUCAGCAGCUCCAGCGAAUCUCCCUCGACCGAUACCGGGGUCAAUGUGGACAAGGUCCCACAUCCAUGGACGGGUGUGGCGAAAGAAACACAGUUUCUCGUGCAGAGAGUUGGUCGACUGGUUCGCCAACAAAGAUACAAAACCAAACAGCGGCACUUUACCACUCAAUCGCAGAUCAAAUGGUUACAGAAAGCUUUGUCUCGAGCUCAAGACCUGGAGCGGAGACUACUCGAGCUGUCUGGAAAGCAUACUGAAGCAGAUAUCGUGAAUCCCGGAGAUGGCGAAACUCCAAUAUGGCACCUCAUCUCACUGGCGGAGGUGUACCGAUGCACGGGACUGAUUCAGCUCUAUCGUGUCUUUCCCGACCUGCUUUGCUGCAGAGUGGAAAGCAAAGGACAAUCCGCAACACUGACUCACGAAGGGACGGUCUCUACAUCACACCUUCCACAAUCAUCGAACGACGAACAGAGGACGAAAGCCACUGAGACGGUCGUGAACCAAUGGCUCACAAUGUUCGCGGUCAAGACAUUGGAACUGUUAAGGAGUAUCCCACUAGAGUCAGGCACACGAGACUUCCAGCCGUUUCUCCUGGUAGCUUGUUGCAGCGAAUUGCGGGUGGUGAUGGCAGACAAUCCGUCCCCGCCCGACGGCGCGGAGGGCAAAGGCAGAAAAGUGCCAGUAUCGAGAUCAGACGUAUGCAAAGUCGAUGGACUGCUGGUUCCUUCCGCCCUCAACUUCUCCGUCCUACACGCACGCGGGCUGAUAUACAGCCGUCUGAAGUCAUUUUUGUACAUGCUCCCACCAAAGCCCAUUCGCAUUUGCCUUGAUAUCGUCGAGACCAGCUGGAUGGAAAUGGACGACAUCGCUCUGGAGGUUGCCACAAGACGACGGCAAUCCUCGCGCAGGCAAUUCCCCGAUGGUAGCAGCCUGACAGAGCUGCUCGAGGAUGACGGCGAGGAUAGAGACAGUUCCGAGGUCCUCUACUGGAUGGAUAUUAUGAUGGAUCAUGGGUUGGAAACUGUAAUGGCAUAA